UUACACUCACCUGCAGGAAGCAGAAGUUUCCACCCGGAGUCUUAUUUCUGACGCACCAUCUGUUUACUGAUAGCUCAUUGGACCACCAGACAAAUAUUAUUACCAAGAUGCCGGACUGCUUUGUGAAUGGGUGCCCAAGUACUAAUAGAAAAGGCAAAUCGAAUCCUGCAGUUUCUCUUCACGUUUUCCCUAAAAGUGUUGACCGGAUUAGACAAUGGGUGAAACAAACUAAACAAUAUGAAGACAAAUUAGAAGAAGUGGUUAAAUUGAUAUUUGAAACCAACAAGGGUCACAGACAUCGUAUGUGUUCUUUGCAUUUUACAGAGGAUUCCUACUACACCCAUGGUGUAAGGAAGUAUUUGAAAGAUGAUGCGGUUCCCACAAGAUUUUUUCACUUUGCACUAUCAACUCCAUUUCCUUCAACCACCAAGAGAUCAAUUCUUUCUCAAUUUCAUAAACCGUCAACCUCAAUGAAAGCUCCUGAUGUACCGGCUACUUCUACGACAAUUCAGGAAGAUGUUCCUAUAAAGAAAAUUAAACUAUCUCCAAUACUACCAACUAUAAGACCAAAAGUGAUGACGCCUGCAGAAAUAUCUAAUUUACAAGUACUACAAAUGUCUCAUAUAAGCAGUACUCCUAUACUAAAAGUAAUUGAAAAAUGCUAUGUGUGUGGACGUUGUUCAAGCAAACAGAUGAUUGAUACAAGUACAAUGACAGAGUUGAAGAUUACAGAGGACAAGUCUACAGAUUUUGACCGAUUUUAUUCAACACUCACAGCCAAAAUACAAACUGGUAAAAUGUUAGGUUUAAAAAAUAAAUCCACAAGUACAUCCGACUUUCUAAAAAAAUCAGAUAAGUAUACAUGGACUAUGGGUGAUGUAAGUUUAGAUCCUCAUCUGAGUAUUUCUACAAUUGAUAUAAAAUCACUCCAUAAACAGAGCACCAGCAGUACAGAUAGACGCACAACUUCCACAUCAUCUGUGAUAGCAAUAGAUCAAGAAUCUUCAAUAGAUAAAGGAAUCAAGAUAGCCGAAGAAAGUGAUAUUUCAUUAAUCAAAAAUAUUGAAAAGGAUCCACAUGAUCCCAGUUUCAUUACAGACACAACAGCAGAAUCUGAGGAAGACUUUUCGGAAGUUGAAGAAGCUACCCCAGAAGGUUUUCCAGUGGUUGUACCGGAGCGGUUAGAGAUUAAGAAAGAUGAGCCUGACAUGGAAUAUAAUGGGACCACAAUAAAGCGUGACAAUGGUACAUUUACUGUUGAUGGUUUUCCAGUGUUUGCACCAGAGAUCAUAAAGGUGAAGUCAGAGACGGAGGAGCCAGAUACCAGGGAUCAUUUACCCACAAUAAAAACUGAAAAUGUUACACCCACAGGUAUUGUGACCUCACCAGAGAGUAUAACGAUGAAGUCGGAAGCAGAGGAGCCGAAGUCUGAGGAUCAUGUGACCACAAUGCAGACUGAAAACGCUACACCCGCAGCUGGCGGUUUUCCAUUGUGUGCGCUGGGAACGUUAGAGGUUAAGACUGAAAAGGAAGAUCUAGACAUUGAUGAUCGUGUGACAGCGAUAAAGAUUGAAAAUGUUACAACCACUGUUGAUGGUUUUCGUGUGGUCAUAGUGGAGAAUUUACAGGUGAAGGCGGAGCAAGAAGAUCCGUAUACGGAGGGGGAAACAAAUAAUUUUCCUGUUGAUGGAGAUGCGCCACACGCCCUAUGUAAGAUGGCAUCCGCACGCUCUCGCACUGAGAGGCGAUCACAGCCCAUGCUAUUUGAUUGUACACAAACGCAUCAUUGGGAUCCUAUUGCAGAUCGAGAAGAAAGCAGCGGUACUAAUGCUUCUGUCUUCAGAACGGAAGAAGGUGCCUCUGUAGAUGUGGAAGAGAGAGUGGGCAACACAGAUUGGUGUGUUUGCGGCAAUUGCCAAGCUAUGCCAACCACCCGUGAAUCAAUCUGCUGCCGUGACGUGGAGAAUAUUUAUUCUAAAAUCCCUGACGGUUCAUCCUGUAUUUGUGAGGAUCCAUAUGUGUCUAUAUCAUUAACCAGUAGACAGUAUUUAGUGCAAGUUUACCGUCUUUUGGCAAGCUACAAGAAAAUACCCAACAAUCCAAAUGAGAGGGAUUUACGGAAGAUAUCGUACAGAUCUUUCACAAUUUUUGCUCAUGGAUAUCUUGGACUAAGGAAUAGAAAGGCGAUACCAUCAUGUGUGGUUUCAACUAUAAGAAAUGCAUUUCCAGCACCAGAUCGCAUGUAUGUUGGAUCUUAUGCAGCAGAAGAAGAUGGACCUGCCAUUAAUAUGUUACUUGAUUAAAUUUAUAAAGCAGUUGUAUUUCCUUUCAGUUUGAAUAAAUAAAAAAGAGAAAUAGUACCGGUAAUUAAAGUUUUAUUGUUCUUAGUUUGGGUUAAAGUCAAACGGUUGUUAUAUUGAUUAAUAAAAAAAAAAAAUCUGGAUUUAUAAAAA